ACCUUAAACGUUUAAAGAGCAUGUGUGCUCUCGAUAAAGCAAACUCUUUAUAGCCUUCCUUACUGCGUUUUCUUACCCUGUAAUUUUUGUAACAAGUCUUCUAUAAUUCGACCAAAUAAUGCACUGAACUUUUAUUGAGUAUUAUAUUAACUACUGAAAUCUAUGCUAGUGUAACCUGCAAUCUUUUAACUUUAAAAAACAUUCUUUACCCUGAAAAUGAAAUUAAGUUAGAUUAUUAGUAAUAUUCAUGAAGUGUAAUGAUGAAAUACCUGGCAACCCGUUUACUUCCAUACAAAUACUGGGCGCGAAAAUAAACUGGCUGUUUGUAGAAACUCAGCACGAGGAGGUUGUUUACAUGGGAAGACUAUUACUAGUACUACUAUUCUUACUCUGUAUUUAGGCAGAUUAAGAGACAUUUUUGAGAAGGAGUAACACUGUUUAGAGAGAAUAUUCUUCUGUUAAGGUGCACGGUGUAGAGUUGCUCACAGUAUAGAAUUGCUGGGGUAGAAUUGCUCACAGUGUAGAAUAACUGGGGUAGAAUUGCUCACAGUAUAGAAUUGCUGGGGUAGAAUAGCUCACAGUGUAGAAUUGCUCACAGUGUAGAAUUGCUGGUGUAGAAUUACUCACAGUGUAGAAUUGCUGGUGUAGAAUUACUCACAGUGUAGAAUUGCUGGGGUAGAAUAGCUCACAGUGUAGAAUUGCUGGGGUAGAAUUGCUCACAGUGUAGAAUUGCUGGGGUAGAAUAGCUCACAGUGUAGAAUUGCUGGGGUAGAAUUGCUCACAGUGUAGAAUUGCUGGGGUAGAAUAGCUCACAGUGUAGAAUUGAAGAUGAAAAGCUGUAAAAAUAAGACCUCUAGAUCCCCAGAGGAGGACUGUGGAGUUUGGCUGGAUGCUGCUGAAUUAAGAGCAAAGAAACAGAGACUUUCUUUGACAGAAUCUGACACGACCGAUAUCCAAACUCCUGAAUCCGCUGGCUCGGUCUGGAGGUUACAGCGUGGCAGUGGCUCUGAAUUUUACCCAAACCAAGAUGGAAAUGCCUGUGACAAAACAGAGCAGAAUCUCCUCAUUCUUUUCACCACAGAAUAAAAAGGAAAGAGAUGCAAAGAACUACAGCUCUCCAUGGCCUUCAGGAGUGUCUUCUACUCCCCUUCCUGAAGCACAAAUGGGGACUAAACGAAAGCGUGAGAUAUUUGAAUCGCCUUCCAAACUAGACGACAUAAGCAGGCAUUCCUCUCUUAGACAUACACAGGAACAUGAAGAAGAUAUUAAGAGUGUGUCAGGAGAAGUCUGUAACGAUGGUGAUGAUGAUAAAGAGCAGCAGUUUUUACAUUUGAUUUGGGGAUAUAAGUCAGAAGAGUGUGAGCCAGAAGGAAAGAGGAGACCUUGUGAGAAUAUUGAAAUUGAUAAUACAACAAAUUCACCAGCAGGCAGCGUCAAAGCCAUGACGUGUGGUAACGGAAGUGAUAAACUCCCUGAACGUCUGCUUCACAGGGAUCAGACACAGCAAUGUUCUCAUGAGAGUAUUGGCAUUCAUGGAGGGAUCAGCAAUGACACUUUUUUCUCUAUAGAAGAUAUGAAUACUCAGGAACCGGAAAAAAACGGACAAAGUGAAACAGAGACGAGAGCUUCGUUUUUAACUCCGAGGUCAAGCACCGAGAUCCAAAACACGAUAAAACAUCUCAUAAAGACUUACAAAGAGCCAGAACUGUUCCAGCAGAGGAAUCAGGGGUCACCUGUGAAGAGGGAGGAUAAGGAAAAUAGCAGACGCACACCAUCGAGACACAGCACUGCACUUUCACCUUUUAAGUAUCGCGUGUGCUCCAGCCCAACAAAACCUUCUUCAGAUUUUAAUAGAAAACUUUGUCUGACCCCUAAAAAGUCAAUCAGGGAGGAUCAAGAGAAUGACGAAGAAUCACUGGGCAGGUUGUUUACUCAGGACUCUGAAGGCUUUCGGGUGAUCGCACAUCGCAGCAAACUGUCUAGACGUCCACUGAAAGACCAAACCAAUUCCCUUGAGGGCAGAGAGUAUCUGAGCAUCCCAUCUGUUAUACCCCUGGAAAUGGAAGAGAACUCCAAUCCAGGGCCAGAGAUGCUUUUCACACAGGACUCUCAGGGAAAUAAAGUCAUUAAACAUUAAACACCAAAAGUGGUGUAGGACAACUUUAAUUUUCAUCCUUGCUGAAAGAUGUUGAAAGAAUUUCCAUUAAACCAUUUCAAUGCCCUCUUUGUAGAUAUACUGUAUAUGUGGUGAUGAUUGGGCCCCUGAACAACAGCCUUAUAUAACACCACUGUAAAUGUGAAUUUUAUUUACAGCAAAUGUACAGCAAUUCUCUUUGUUGUUUCUUCGUCAAAUUAUAUAAUUUGUUUAAUCUUAUUUUCUGCAUUAAUGCGUAGUUUUAUUGUCCAUGCUCUGCUUUUAACGUUAAUCUUAUUUGUCCACCAGAUGGCACAAAUGGUUUCUAAAAAUCAUGGAUGAGUUGUGUUUUAUCCAGAUGGAGUGCGUCUUACUUCAUCUGUAUAUUAAAACUAGUGUCAAAGAGUGUAAAGCUUUUAAUGAUUUACUAAUAAGGAUAAGGAAACACAAAUGUGCUGUUUUAUUACAGAAAUUACAAAGAACAACCUUAGAUCUAAAUAAAAAUUUGAUUAUUAAAAUGGGAAUGAUUUCAAUUAAACCUUCAACAUGAAAUGUGUUCAUUUAUGCAAAUACAAGCUGCACGUGUUGUUUUAUCCUUAAACAAACUCCUAUUUUUAAAGCAGUAUCCAAACAAUAAACAGACCAUUUGCUGUGUCAUGAUAUUUGAUA